AUGUCCCCCAACGCCCCACCCUAUCCGUCCCUCUCCCCAAGCCUAGGGGGAAGAUCAUCUUCCAGGUGUCAUACGUCCGAACCACAGGGCUCCCCGACUCCGGGCAUUUACCGGGUCACCCCAGAAUCCGACAGGCCUUCUCGUCCCUCUUCUUCGGCCAUCUACGACGCCACCAGGCUCCCUUCCACGCCCGAUCGACAAUACUCACCUACGACCGACAAAAUCCUCCAAGCCUUCUCCAUCUUCUUUGUCAGCCCACGACGACUUAAGGCCUAUACCUUUGACAGCCUCUUACUAGGCUACUGGAGGUCCUGUGGACUGGCUAGAACAGCCCUCUCGAGGGUCUUCUCCACGAGUUUCUCGGAGGAGAGGCAACGAGACGUGAACCCAGUAGUCGAUGCCGUCGGAGACCAAUCGAGUCAAGCUAGCAACUCUCCCGAGUCUGAACACUCAAUGAAAAGAAUGGAACAAGCGCCUGUCAGCCCGGAUGUCCAAGACCAAGUCUCGCACGAGCUGCUCAGGGACGCAAUGGCUAGCCUUCGCGCACGUCAUAUCCUCUAUGUGGAUGUGGAUGUGGGUGCUUCCCGACUGGGAUGA